AUGGAAGUUGAAGAUAUGGCAUUUCUUAUCAGGUGUAGAGCAGGGGACUUCCCUUUUAAUUAUCUUGGAUUAAAAGUCAGGGCAAACUUGAAUCGGGUUGCUAACUGGAGUCCGGCGUAUGAUAUUUUUGAGAAAACACUGUCAAAAUGCAAAGCCGCUCAAUUGUCUAUCGAAGGUAAGGUGACUCUAAUAAAGGCCAUUCUAGAGAGCUUACCCAAUUAUUAUUUUUCCUUAUACAAGGCCCCUGUCAAGGUUAUUAAUGAUUUGGAAUCUAAAAUAAGGAAAAUCCUAUGGGGAGGUGACGAUGUUAACAAUAAGCUCUAUUGGGUGGCGUGGAACACGAGGAAGGAGGAGGGAGGUGGCAGUGGCGGCGGGGAGGAGGGAGGUGGCAGCGUUGUCGGGGAGAAGGGAGGUGGCAGCGGCGUCGGGGAGGAGGGAGAAGGAUGUGGUAGCAGGGGGAGAAUGGAUGUGGCAGCGGCGGCGUGGAGGAGGGAGGCGGAGCUGGGGUGGAGGAGAGGUGGUGGAGGAGAUGGAGGAGUUCUAGGGUUUUUGUGUGUGUUUGUGAUAUCUCGCAAAAAUGAAAGACAAUAA